AUCUCCACGCCAUUGUUAAACUCUCUUUAAAACCCUAUUUCCUAAUCUUCCCUGCAAAAUAAGAAAAGCUUCAAGCUUUCACCGAUUUUUCCUUUUGAUUUUAAUUAGUUAAUUUAUUUUCUUUCCCCGAUUCCCAAAACAAUGCCCCCAAAGCAGCAAGCGAAAUCGAAAGCCGAUGUGGCGAAGAAGCAAAAAAUCGUAGAAGACAAAACCUUCGGUCUGAAGAACAAAAACAAAAGCAAAAACGUUCAGAAAUAUGUCCAAACCCUCCAGCAAGCGGUUCAACCCAAACCCGACCCGUCUAAAGUCGCCGCUAAGAAAAAGAAAGAGGAAGAGAAAGCAAGAGAGAAAGAGUUGAAUGAUUUGUUCAAAAUUGCUGUUACCCAACCAAAAGUACCACUAGGUGUGGAUCCCAAGUCCAUAGUGUGUGAAUUUUUUAAAGUGGGACAAUGUAUGAAGGGUUUUAAGUGCAAGUUUUCACACGAUUUGAACGUUCAGCGGAAGGGUGAGAAGAUUGAUAUUUACAGUGACAAGCGUGAUCAAGAAACGAUGGAGGACUGGGACCAGGAGACACUGGAGAAGGUUGUGGAAUCAAAAAAAACAGAGUAUAACCAGAAUAAGCCUACUGAGAUUGUUUGCAAAUACUUUCUGGAAGCUGUGGAAAAGAAACAGUAUGGUUGGUUCUGGGCAUGCCCAAAUGGUGGCAAAGAUUGUCACUACAGGCAUGCUCUUCCUCCAGGAUAUGUUUUGAAGUCUCAGAUGAAGACACUUUUGGAGGAAGAGAGUGAGAAGAUUUCUAUUGAGGAAGAGAUUGAAAACCAGCGCUCUAAAGUAACAGCAUCCACUCCGAUGACUCCUGAGCUAUUUAUGCAAUGGAAGACGAAAAAGAUGGAAGAAAGAGAAGCUGGUUUGGCGGCACAACGAGCAGAGAGGGCUAAGAAUGAUCGCAUGAGUGGCCGUGAGUUGUUUCUCUUGGAUGCAAGUUUGUUUGUGGAUGAUGCUGAGGCAUAUGAGGAAUACCAGAGAGAAGAACCUGAGGUUGUUGAGCAGAAGGUCAAGGAUGAUUCAACAGCAGCUGGGCCAAGUAAUGCAACUAGUGCAGUUGCUGAUUCUGAUGACAUCCUUCUUGAUGAUGAAGAUGAUGAGCUUGAUAUGGAUGAGCUAAAUGAGCUUGAAGCUAGUUUGUCCAGAACAUCUAUUCAAAUUGAGGAGCCUGGUAUUCCAGCGUCAUCUUGAAAUGAUAAACAUGUGGUAAAGAUCCUUAAGAUUCUUGAAGGAUUAAGAUUUUGUAACCUAGCUUUUAACCAGCAAUGGAAAAUAUUUUUGUUUGAACCUGGAAAGUGUUCUGUUGCGCACCUUUUCUGCUCUUUAAUGUGGCAGUGUCAAGUUUUGCUUCUUGAGCC